AUGGAGAGAAUUGUGGAAAAAAAACUCUGGAAACAAGAGACACCCUCAACUCCUGAGAAUAAUACACCUAAUAUUUCACGUGAGCAAGAUUUAAUACAAGAAAUAUCAACAUCUAUCAAGGAACAAGCACAAAGUAUCAUUUCUCCUGAAAUAAAUCAUACGAUCAAAAUUUCAGAGAACAAUAAAGUAUUACCAGAAAUCGAGAUAUUAGACACAAAAGCCAAUGAUAAAAAUUUCUUCAAUGAUGAUGAUUUCUUCAAUAACAACGAAGAUAAUAGGGAGUUCUGUAGUUUUUCUGAUGACGAUGAUGAAG